CCUCAGGAACAGGCUACGGACAAAUCUGGGGACUUGAGCUCUUUAUUUGAACAUCUUUGACAUUAGCUGAACUUCUGCGACCUAAGGGGAGCCUUGGGAGUUUUUACUGGGUCGUCUUUUCACCUCCAUCCAGCAUGAGAGCCAUCCCAUCCAGACUGAGAUAUCUGUUUCUACAUUUAUUUGCAUUUUGCUACUAUGCUCAGGUAACCAAUCAGUCCCCGCCUAAUUUCACGCAGCAUGUGAGCGAGCAGAGCGCAGCGACGGACCGGGUGAGCCGCAGGCUGGUCCGGAUCUACCAGCUGUACAGCCGAACCAGCGGCAAACACGUGCAGGUCCUGCCCGACACCAAGAUCAACGCCAUGGCCGAGGACGGAGACGCUCACGCUAAACUCAUUGUGGAGACGGAUACAUUUGGGAGUCGAGUGCGCAUCAAAGGAGCUGAAACGGGCUUCUACAUCUGCAUGAACAAGAGAGGGAAGCUCAUUGGCAAGAAAAAUGGACAGGGCCGUGACUGUAUUUUCACUGAGAUUGUUCUGGAAAACAACUACACUGCCUUGAGGAACGCUCGGUAUGAUGGCUGGUACAUGGCCUUCACCCGCCGAGGGCGACCGCGAAAAGGCUCACGGACACGCCAGCACCAGCGUGAGGUCCAUUUCAUGAAGAGGUUGCCAAAGGGGCAGCAACCCACCCACCCAAGCAGCCACCGGCCUUUUGACUUCAUUCACUACCCUUUCAGUCAAAGGACUAAACGUACACGGUACUCGUCAGAGCGCUGAAAAAGCUCUGAAAGACAGAGGUGCUGGUUAGGAAAAAAAAGCUGAAUAAUUUACUGAAUUACCUGCAGCUUACA